AUGUGUAUUUCUUUUAGGAAAACUGUACCUUAUAAAAUUGUAAAAGCAUCAAAUGGUGAUGCAUGGUUAGAAGCUAAUGGUAAAGUAUAUUCUCCGUCACAAAUUGGUGCUUUUGUUCUUAUGAAGAUGAAAGAAACUGCAGAAAGUUAUCUAGGAAGUAAUGUUAAAAAUGCAGUUGUUACAGUACCAGCUUAUUUUAACGAUUCACAAAGACAGGUAAACUAA